AGCUCUGCUGGCCUCUCCCCGGGCAGCUGCGAUGCGCCUGAUCCAGCACAUGGGCACCAUCGCCGAGUAUCCCCAGGCGGGCAGCGCCAGCGGCGCAGGGGAGAGCUGCGCCUUGGGGGGCCCCGCCGGCCGCCCCCGCCUCAUCAAGAUCGCCGUGGUGGGGGCCAGCGGCGUGGGCAAGACCGCUCUGGUGGUGAGAUUUCUCACAAAGCGAUUCAUCGGGGACUACGAACGCAACGCAGGUAAUCUGUACAGCAGGCAAAUCGAAAUUGAUGGAGAGAUGCUUGCAAUACAAGUCCAAGAUACGCCAGGCGUACAGAUCCAUGGACACAGUUUGGACUGUAAUGAACAGUUGAACAGAUGCAUUCGGUGGGCAGACGCCGUGGUGAUAGUCUUUUCGAUCACAGACUACAAAAGUUAUGAACUGCUCAGUCGCGUCCACCAGCACAUACGGCAGCUGCACCCAGGGAACAGAGUGCCGGUGGCGGUCAUCGCCAACAAAGCCGACCUCCUUCACAUUAAAGAGGUGGAACCCCAACACGGACUCCAGCUGGCCAGCAUGUUGGGUUGUACUUUCUACGAAGUGUCCGUCAGCGAGAACUACAAGGAGGUCUUCAGCGCUUUCCAUAGCCUGUGUAAAGAUGCCUGUAAGCAACAAUCUGUCAGCACCCCAGAGAAGAGAAGAACCUCUCUCAUUCCAAGACCAAAGUCACCCAACAUGCAGGACCUGAAGAGAAGGUUUAAGCAAGCCUUAUCAGCUAAAGUGAGAACUGUCACUUCAGUCUGAAAAAUCAGACUGCUCGAGG